CUCAGCACGUUGCGAAUGCCAGAGUGGCUCUCUCUUUCUCUUUCUCUGUGACGUUAUCUCUCUCUCAUCUUGUUCUAUUCUCUUCCCUUCCCUGUGUCAAUUUUGUAAACCCAAUCAAUCAUUCGCAACUGUAGAAUCGUCGAUUCCUUCCUUCUCAAACUAAAAUUACAUAGGGUUUUGGCCUCUGUUUCCGAAUUCUGGUAGAGGAUGGCGUGUAGGGGGUUUUGGGAGUGCCUUUUGAAGCUUUUUAACUUCAUAAUGACCUUGAUUGGUCUCACCAUGGUGGGAUAUGGGAUCUAUCUGCUGGUUGAAUUCAUCAAAGCUUCAGGUAGUGAUGAUGACACACCGGCGGUUUCUCCGGCUAGCGAUGAUCAAGCCCUAAUUCAACUUGGUCGACCGAUGCUUUUGGCGGUGUCUCUAUCUGAGAGCAUUUUUGAUAAGUUGCCCAAGGCUUGGUUUAUUUACUUAUUUAUUGGUAUUGGAGUAGUUCUCUUUGUUAUUUCUUGUUUUGGUUGUAUUGGAGCGGGGAUGCGGAAUGGAUGCUGCUUGUGCUGUUAUUCGAUUCUUGUGGCGUUGUUGAUCUUAGUCGAGCUGGGAUGUGCAGCCUUUAUAUUCUUUGACAAAAGCUGGAAAGAAGUAGUUCCAUCAGACAAAACUGGAGAUUUUGAUACGAUAUAUGAAUUUCUGAGAGAGAAUUGGAAUAUUGUGAAAUGGGUUGCUCUUGGGAUUGUUGUCUUUGAGGUCCUUCUUUUCUUGUUAGCCCUUAUUGUUAGGGCCUCAAAUAGACCAGCAGAUUAUGAUAGUGAUGAAGAGUUCAUCAAUCCAAGGCAGCAAGCUCGGCAGCCAUUGCUCAACCGACCAGCAGGUCCAGCAACAGGCCCCCCAGCUUCUGGGACACUUGAUCAGCGCCCAAGCAGAAAUGAUGCAUGGAGUACAAGGAUGAGGGAGAAGUAUGGGCUUGAUACUUCAGAAUUUACAUACAACCCAUCCGAGUCACAAAGGUUCCAGCAAGUAAAUGCACCUCCAACUGAAGAAAGGAGUCGCUGUACCAUCAUGUAAUCACUUUGUGGAUGCUAUUCAAAGCCAUGGCAGAUUGACUUUCUAUUAUUAUUUUUGUGGUCAAUGCCUUUGAGACUGGAAAUUUGUUGGAAAAAAUCUCUGUUGCUGAGUUUUUGUACAACUCGCAUAUUACUGGAUAAUAUGACAUUGGCAACAUCAUGUUCAUUUUAUAUUGGGUGUAAUAUUGUGUUGUGUCAUCUGGGUUUAUUUUGGCGUUGCUUAUGUUGUUUAGGAUUAGGUGAUAGGGGGUGAUGAUGGUUAGAAUCUCCAUUUAAGAAGACAUGGAUUCAAAUUUACAUGGACAGUAAUUUUUUUUUGUCAA